AUGCCGAGUGAGAAGAGGCUGAGUGAGAAGAUGCUGAGUGGAAGCAACGGGUCUCCGUGCUCCGCAGCUUCACGAGUACCUGAGGCAGAGAGGGGACGCUCCUGGUACAGAGCCUGCCCCAGGCUGCCGUCUGGGCCUCCACCCGCACUGCAGCCAGGCAGCGCGGUGCGGGUGGGGUGGGGGCGCAGCCCUCGAAAACCCCCUGGUUUCUUGAAGCUCGGCCUCAGCGUCAUCCAUCCCCAGGCUCAUUCCUUCUUCUCCAGCCUCAACUUUCUCGACCGCGUCCGCCCCGAGUGUGCUCGCAGGGCGGGCGGUGGGGGCGUGCGGUGCGAUGGUGGGAGCGCAGCGGUGGGCGGCUGGGCGGCGGGCCCCCCCCACCGGAAAGCAGCCCAGUCCCUCUCCCGGGCUGUUCCAGACCCUGAGCCCAAACGGGAGGCCACGUGGCGGCCGGUGCCGCCACUCACCGCCCCCACCCGGUCACCUGGGCCCAGCGGCCUCGGCACACACCCCGCGGCCUCAGUCCACCCCCCAGGCCGCUCCUCCCCACUGGGGUUUCUCGGGGCCGUGGCUCCUGCCCGCUCUGCAUACCCCCGGGCCCGGUCUCCCCUCCGGCCCGGGCCACCCCAUCCUACACCCUCCCGGACUGUGAGCCCGGGAGCCUCCUCCCCGCCCCCUGGGUCGGUCCGGGAGGGGAAGGGGGCGGGCAGUGCAGGGGGUGUGACAGCUCCCGCCCGGACCAGUGCCAGCUGCAGCCUCGCUUCAGUGCCCUGUGCCAGCUGGCUCUUUCGUCCGGGACGGAGGCGGAGGUUCGGGGCUCCUGUCGCUGACAGGGGGGAUUCCCCCCCAACCCCUCAGCCCUCUACCCACCCAAGAGGAGUCUCUCCUCCCAGCCUUGCCUCUGGCUGCCCUGGCAGGCGGUCGAGUUAG